AUGUCUGCUACUGAAGUCCCGGGAUUGCACGUCGAUAUUGCUGCUCUGAAGGCUGGUGAGGUGGACUUGGGAACGACAAUUAUGGCCGUGAAGUUCAAGGAGGGUGUUAUUAUCGCAGCAGACAGUCGAACGACAACCGGCUCUUACAUCGCCAACCGCGUAACCGACAAACUGACACAACUCCACGACACAAUCUGGUGCUGCCGUUCCGGUUCAGCAGCAGAUACCCAGGCAAUUGCCGAUAUCGUACACUACUACCUCCAGAUGUAUGCCGUGACUGCUCAACGGCCGACCACGAAGGUUGCGGCGUCUAUGUUGCAGGAGUUGUGUUAUACGAACAAGGAUGGGCUGAGUGCUGGGUUGAUCGUGGCGGGAUACGAUCACAGGAGGGGUGGUGAGGUUUACAGCAUUCCUCUGGGAGGCAGCAUACAUAAGCAGGACUUUGCUAUUGGAGGGUCUGGGUCGACGUACAUUUACGGUUUCUGUGAUGCAAACUACAAGGAGGAUAUGUCCAAAGAGGAGGCUAUGCAGUUUGUCAAGUCUGCCGUCGCACUGGCUAUGUCGAGAGAUGGAUCUUCAGGAGGUGUUAUUCGUAUGGCAGUGAUUACGGAGACGGGAGUGGACAGGUCGUUCUACACGCAAGACGAUCCAGUGAACACGAUCCCAAGGUUCUGGGAGAAGUCGUGA